UGAAGCACAUGAUAGAGCAAAUGAAAAGCGUGUAGAGUUUACUCUCAAACUCCACAUCUUCACUCUGCAGAGUCUGCUGGUUGAACCGAGUGCAGACUCAUCAGAAACCCGCUGCACAUCCACACAGACGGCAGACAAACACUGUGACUGUGAACAUGGCCUCCUCAGAGCUCGCACUUUUGAGUGUGUCAGACAAAACUGGACUGGUGGACUUCGCCAAAAGGCUGGUGGAUGUGGGUCUGUCUCUGGUCGCCUCAGGUGGGACAGCCAAAACCCUGCGUGAUGCUGGACUGGCUGUCAGGGACGUGUCAGAGCUGACUGGACACCCGGAGAUGCUGGGAGGCAGAGUGAAGACCCUCCAUCCUGCUGUCCAUGGAGGCAUCCUGGCCAGGAAAACCCCCUCCGACUCAGCAGACAUGGAGAAGUUGGGCUACAGCCUGGUCAGAGUGGUGGUGUGCAACCUCUACCCAUUUGUGAAGACUGUCUCCAAUCUGAGUGUCACAGUGGAAGAUGCUGUGGAGCAGAUCGAUAUCGGUGGUGUAACUCUGUUGAGAGCAGCGGCCAAGAAUCAUGCUCGCGUCACUAUAGUGUGUGAUCCUGCUGACUACUCACUGGUUGCCAAGGAGAUGGAGAGUUCAGGAGACAAAGAUACAGCCCUGGAAACACGCAGGACGCUUGCCCUCAAAGCCUUCACUCACACGGCACAGUACGAUGAGGCCAUAUCAGACUACUUUCGUGGACAAUACAGUCGUGGUGUUUCUCAGCUGCCUCUACGCUACGGCAUGAACCCUCACCAAGCACCCGCCCAACUCUACACCCUACGCCCAGCUCUCCCCCUCAAAGUUGUCAACGGUUCCCCUGGCUUCAUCAACCUGUGUGACGCUCUGAACGCAUGGCAACUGGUCAGGGAGCUAAAGAACGCCCUCGGCAUGGCUGCUGCCACUUCCUUCAAACAUGUCAGCCCUGCAGGAGCUGCAGUAGGAGUUCCUCUGACUGAGGAGGAAGCCAAAGUGUGCAUGGUGCAUGACAUGCUAAAGGAUCUGACUCCUCUGGCCACGGCCUACGCCAGGGCAAGAGGUUCAGACAGGAUGUCUUCUUUUGGAGACUUCAUCGCUGUGUCAGAUGUGUGUGAUGUUCCCACUGCCAAGAUUAUAUCAAGAGAGGUGUCAGAUGGCAUAAUUGCUCCUGGUUAUGAUGAGGAGGCACUGAAGAUUCUCUCCAAAAAGAAGAAUGGAAACUACUGUGUGCUUCAGAUGGAUCCAGACUAUGAGCCUGAUGAGACUGAAGUGAGGGUGUUGUUUGGUCUCUAUCUCAAACAAAAGAGGAAUGGAGGCCUAAUCGAUAAGAAAUUCUUCAGCAACGUUGUCUCCAAGGGCACUCUCUCCGAGGAAGCUGUGCGUGACCUCACUGUGGCCACCAUCGCUGUCAAGUACACCCAGUCCAACUCUGUCUGCUAUGCCAAAGAUGGACAGGUUAUCGGUAUCGGCGCAGGUCAGCAGUCUCGUAUCCACUGCACACGUCUGGCAGGUGACAAAGCCGAUAACUGGUGGCUGAGACACCAUCCUCGUGUCCUGGACAUGAAGUUUUGCAGUGGAGUGAAGCGAGCAGAGAUGGCCAACGCUAUCGACCAGUAUGUGAGCAACACCAUUGGAGAGGGCCCAGACUUGGCAGUUUGGAAGUCAAAGUAUGAUGAGGUGCCAGAGCUCCUGUCAGAAACUGAAAAGAAGAACUGGAUCAGCUCCCUGCAGGCUGUAGCUGUCAGCUCUGACGCCUUCUUCCCCUUCAGAGAUAACAUAGAUCGUGCUAAACGGAGCGGCGUUGAGUACAUCGCAGCUCCAGCGGGCUCUGCUGCUGACGAGGUUGUGAUCAAUGCCUGUAACGAGCAGGCCAUCACCCUGGUCCACACCAACCUGCGGCUCUUCCACCACUGAGCACCUCAACCCUUUUCCAGGCGUUCUUUAAACUCCACUCACAGUUUAGCAUUAUUAGGGAGUCAAAGUCUGUCCAACAUUCCUGACACUCAAAACAUUCCUGAGCAUCUUGUGUAGAAGUUACACAUGCACUGAAACUUCUUUGUAACACGUUAUCUGCAUUCUCGACCUGUGGUCCUAACAUUAGAGAAAGAAAUACAGAUACUGUCGAUCACUCUGGAUCACUAGCAUGUAGUGUAAAAUAAACUCUUAAUGACAGUU